CGCACGCAGACGCAGCCCACCGGAGCCCGAAUCCGUCGCACGAGCACGAGAUAUUUCCCCCUUCCGCGCGUCGCCGCCAAGAAAGUGAUCAGAGGGAGGAUGAGCGCUAUGGCGAUGGCGUCGGCGUCGUCGCUGAACCCGAACGCGCCGCUGUACAUCCCGGCGGCGUACAGGCAGGUGGAGGACUUCUCGCCGGAGUGGUGGGAGCUCGUGAAGACCACGGCGUGGUUCCGGGACCACUGGUUCAGGCAGCACCAGAUGUACGAGGAGGCGGAGGAGCAGCAGCAGCAGCAGCAGCAGCACGACGUCGCCGCGCUCCUCCCCGACGACUCGCUCGACCUCCUCGACAUGGUCGACACCGACGACCUCUUCUACACCCCCGAGCCCCUCCACCACCACCACCACCACUACCACAAGGCGUUCGACGCCGGCGACGUGCUCAGGACGCUCAGCCUCAACUCCCCGACAGUCGCGCCGGCCCGCGGCGGGAUCAGGGAGCAGCAGCACCAGCACCAGCAGCCGAAGCCGGCGCAGUUCGCCGGCGCCAAGGCCGGCAACCGCCGCGUCAUCCACCAGCCUCGCUAGAGCCGACGCCAUGGUGAGUCAUGCUGAUGGGUGCACGGCUAAAGGAGCUGCCUUUCUGUGCUGCUGCUGCUGCUGCUGCCGCCGUCGUCUAGUGUAACCUUCGAGUUCUUUAGAGUUUAGCAUCCUGCUUUUCUUGUGUAUAAAACUGAAAAAAAGAUGAGGGGAAAAAACGCAUCCCUGGUUGUAGUGGCAGCUUCUGUCCAGGUGCAUCUAAAAUGUGUUAGAAAAAGCAAAAAUAGAGUGAUGUAGAAUCAUGUGUACUGUUACUACCCUUGUUAAUGUUGGAUAUGUAAUUAAGAUGGCAAGCAGUCUAAUGUUUAGAAUCUUUCAA